UUUUUUGGUGAAGAGACGAAGUAACGAAUAUUCUCUUGUGAGUUUGUGUGCGAAGGGAGAAGACACGGAAGAGGGAGAAGAAGAAGAGAGAGAGAGAGAGAGAGGAAGAAAUUGAUAUAUUUUAUCUUAUGGUUUUUCUUACAAAUUAAAUACGAUCGAUACGAUCGAUCACAAGAAGAUGAUCUAAAGACGAUGAAUCUACGCUGAUCCUGUUAUUUCCGAUUCUCGAAGAGCGAUGUUCAAACGAUUAUCGAAAUCGAGGCGUCACAGUGCCGAUGACGUCGGUCUUGCUUUACCGAGAAGUCCGAAUUUGGAGGAAUCAGAGACUCAACAAAGUAUCAGUCCGAUUCCAGUUUCUCGGGACAAUUCUCAAGGAUUGAGUCCUGCGGCGUUACUUAGGAUCUCCAGGACGAAAUACAGCCGAAGAAGUUGCGGCGAUGCUACAGCGAUGCAAGCGUUACUUUCUUCGAAGCAGGACGAGGAACAUGAGGUCGUUGAGGUUGACUACCGGAGUGACUAUCAGACCGACUAUCAGAUGGUCACAGCUGUGCCGGCGUUCAUCGUCGAGCAUGAGCCCGAAAAACAACGAGGGUCAAGCUUAGGAGUCUGGGGCCGUAGGAUGAGCAAAAAAAUAGACUCCUUUCGUAGGGCUGGUUCCCGUGAAACGAUUUGUUCCCUAGAAAGAUCCGACCCUAGCGCCAACAAUAAUAACAAUGAAUCUAGUAACAACAAUAACAACAAUGGCAAUAUAAAUCCUACGUUGAACAAGACGACGUUGCAAUCGCAGAAGACGGAUUCAAAGGUGGAGUCGAAGAGGUUAUCAGGAAAUUCUCAGAGAUCACCGUCGCCCUUCAAAUCAUUUUUCAUUCGUAUGGGUUCGACCGGUAUGUUAAAUUCGACAAGGAUCAACAGACGUUCCGCGAACGUCGACGUCGGUUCGAAAUCUACGGAGAAAGAGAAUCUAUUUAGAAGUUGCAGUACGAGUCAAUUGAACACGAGUCCGACAUACGUGAAGGGAGAUGAUCCAUCCGAAGGGAUCGAUCUUCGGAUCGCGGCACGUAAGGACAAGACGGUAUCCUGCGACGAUUUGGCUGCUCGAAGAAACGACGAUGUCUUCGACGAUCCUACCGACGACGUAUCACCAUCCGUAUGUCAAUCUGGAAGUCUUUCCGGUAGUCCAACUGGUAGCCCGUCGGCCAGUCCCUCGGGAAGUCCGUCAACGAGAAAUUUCAAGCCGUGCGAUUUUGGACGAUCAAGAAUGGAAUCGGCAAUGAGGAAGAGUAGCAGCUGCGAUUUCAAAGAAGCCAAGAAGUCUAGUUUCCCGUACGCUUUUCUAAGAUCAAAGUUAUCUGUUCUGCCCGAGGAACGUCACGGAUCGUUCGUUUCGAAAGACGAAAGAUUGUUCAAGACUGCGUCGGAGGAACAUUUUCCGGCGUUGAAGAUAGAGGACACUUACACCGGUACGACUACGUUAGGACGUAAGCGAUCUAGAAAUGGUAAUUUAGGUCGUGGUAACGUUUCUUCGAGGUACCAAGAGACGACGAAGCCACCGAGGAAUUCAUACGUGGAAUUUCGGAAAAAACAGGAAAGGUACAGCCUGAAUCCUAGCGAGCUCGAGCGUAUAGAGGACUCGACGUUUCAUCAGGAAGAUUCGUCGCGUUACGGUGCGUACGUUAGCGUUAGUCCGAUGUCACUUGCACGGGGAAACGUUCCAAGUGUUCAUAGAUCCGAGAUCAAUCAGGACAGACUGGACUUUCCUGGCAGAACGAUGGAUCUUAGAUUUUCCGAGACGUCUUCGUUGAACGUCGAACUCGACGUAACUGCCACGUUGAGAAUCGACAGAAGGAAUUCAGCUCCCAGUGGCGAACAAAGGCUAUCGUCUCAUUACGUCAGUUCGAACGAGUCUGGUUACGACAGCGACGGUCCUAGGGGCGAAUCGGCAGCUGCGUCGGAGAACGAAGCAUUGAGUUUGAAAUGUACGGAUAGCUCGGACACCAGUAGCGUUAUAGAUUCCGAAUUGGAAAAGCCUAUUAGAAGUUCGACCCCCAGCGAGUGUCAGGAUCAAGAACAGAAAGAAUUGAGGAAGAGUUCGACGAACGAGACGAGGAUUGACUCGUCAGAAAUAGGCGAUGUGAUAGACGGUCUGAGAUGGCAUCAGAGUACCUCUGGUAGGUUGCUACCGAGCAUCCAUCAGACUUCGUUCGACAAUGCCACUACGAAUUCUCAUUUUCCUGUCUGCGGCGAUGGUUCAAGCGGUAUUGCCAACGUAACGAAACCUCUCGACGUGUCACCGCAUCGGAUAAGAUUGCAACAAGAUAAGACUCGCUUCCUCAGCGAUAUCAUACAGCCACCAAAGAGAGUCAGACGUUGUCGUAUAGUCCAACUUCAGAAGAGAGAUCCGAAAGAGAGUUUGGGAAUACGAUUGGCUCAGCAAAGACUCGGAGAGAUCCGUUAUAUCGUCGUACAGCUAGAAAGCGAUGGGAUAGCUCAUAGGGACGGUAGGCUAAGACUCGGUGACGAGAUCGUCGAAGUCGAAGGGAAGGAGUUACGAACUCUUGAGAGUCUCGAGGAGGUCCAAGAGUUCCUUAGAUCGUUUACAGGAAAUAAGAUAAGAUUGAUGACAGCUUACGAGGAAACGGUGCCCCAGGUCUACGUAGCACCGCCAACACCAACCUCAACCUCAACCGCUCUACCUGGCGAGUACGAGUAUCUGGAAAAUGCGAAGAAUCUUUCGAACAUGUCGUUGAUCGACGACAAAUCGAAGGAAGGUUCAUCGAAAGACAGUAAGGUCAAUGAGGAUACAACACGAUCUAGCAAACGACCUGACUUUCUACCCCUCUCCUGCCUGUCGAAGAAUCAUCGAAAGGACUCGGAGAAUGGUUUCGAGGCUAACACCGAAUCGCAGCACUAUCUGACGAAACACGUCGCCAAGUUUGAAAAGGGCUACGGGAAGCCGAGUUUGGGAUUUAGCGUUGUAGGUGGAAGGGACAGUCCGCGUGGUGAAAUGGGCAUUUUCGUCAGACGUGUCUUUCCAGGUGGACAAGCCGACGUAUCCAAGUCGUUGUUCCAAGGCGACGAAAUCGUGAGUUUGAAUGGGAAGAUCUUGAAGGGUCACACGCAUCAGGAAGUGAUCGAAUUGUUCAAAGCGGUUAGAGAAGGUCCGGUCGAGUUAGAAAUAACGAGGCGACACAGGUAUCCUAAGAGCACCCUGAAAUCAACACCGUACUAAGAAAAAAAAAAAAGAAAGAAAGAAAACA